AACAUAGAGGGAGAUGUAUUCACUUGGCAUUGACUUUGGGAGGGGCUAAGGCCUGACUCCAGUUUCAUUGAAUAGAGCUGUAUGUGUGUUUAUACUGCCUGUACUUCCUUGCAGUUCUGGCCGCAGAGUCGCUUGUAGUCUUUGAGAGCCAGUCAGCGUUGAACUCACAGAGGUUCAGCAAAGAAGCCGAGUGAAUUGACUGUAAGGCAUACUUAAACGUGCUUUAGUACCUCUGCGUGGAAUCAGCACAGCUCUCAAUCAACAGUAGUCAUUGAUGAUCUGAUUACCUCCUAAUUUUUACCAAGGCAUCAGAGCAGACACUUCAGCUGAGCGACAUGGAUAUGGAUGAGUUUGAACGUCGCAGGGAGGAGCGGAGGAAAAAGCGUGAGGAAAUGCGCCGGGAGGUGGAAAGAAUGACCACUCAGCAGGUAGAAGAUGAUGAUGAAGAACAGGCGAAAGAGCGACGUCGUAGAGCCCGUCAGGAACGGCUGCGUGAAUCAGGACUUGGCCAAGAGACAGUGGAAAUCAACUCCCAGAACAGUGCAGUGGAAGAGGAGACCAAAGUUACAAGAACUGAGACCUUGGUGGAUGAUGAGGAUGAUGUUAUCGAUAAGUUGGCAAAGCGUGAGGAGAGACGUCAAAGGCGUCAACAGGAGACCAUGGAGAGGCAGAAAUAUUUUGACCCGACAGUAACAGAAGACACUUUGAAGGAACCUGAAAGGAAUGAGAGAGAGGAGGAGGUGGAGGAGGAAGAGGAGGAGGAGGAAGAGAAGAGCGAGCAGCGCAAUGAAUGGCAACAGGAAGCAGAACCGGAGCCAGAGCCUGAACCAGAGGCUGAACCAGAACCUGAACCCGAAGUGGAAGUUGAACCAGUACGUGAAGUAGAGAAAGUGGAGACUGUAGAAGACAAGCCUGAAAUUUCUUACAAAAAGACGAGCCAAGUGUGGAAUGAAGAGGUUGUUCAGUACACGGAGGAAAAAGUGUCAAAGCAGGGCCCAGAGAACGGAGAGGCUCUCCACGAAGAGAUUCAGCACAAACAUAAAAAAAUGGAAAGAAAUUUGAGGGAGUGCAGCCGCUCAGAUUCCAAGGCUACCCACGAGCUAGAGGAAACCGAGGCAGCUCGGCUUGAGGCCGAGCAGAAGCUGGAGGAGCUACGACGACGACAGGGUGAGAAGGAGAACGAAGAGUUCGAGAAAAUGAGAAUAAAACAGCAGGAGGCGGCUGUGGAGCUGGAGGAGCUGAAGAAGAAGCGGGAAGGUCGCAAGAAGGUCCGGGAAGAAGAAGAACAGAAGAGGCUACAGGAGGAGUCUGAAAAGAAAGCCAGAGAAGAGGAGGAGAAGAGGAAGCUGAAAGAAGACAUUGAGAAACGGAGAGCGGAGGCAGCAGAGAAACGUUAUAAACCAGAAGAACUUGAGGCAGCAGAUGAUAAGGAGCCCUUCAAAUGUGUCACUCCUCGUGGCUCCUCUCUCAAAAUUGGUGAAAGAGCAGAAUUUUUGAAUAAAUCAGCAAAAAAGAGCACUAGUAUUAAGACUACUCGCCCACUGUUGGGUGUAUCCAAGAUUGACAGUAAACUGGAACAGUAUACCAGUGCAAUUCAGGGUGCCAAAGCUGCAAAGGGGGGCAAAUCGUCAGCUUCCGAUCUCCCAUUGACAGCUGAUGGAGUGCGAAACAUAAAGAGCAUGUGGGAAACUGGAGAUGUUUAUGGUUCUCCGAGUAAUAAGGGUACCCCAAACAAGGAGGUAGCAGGCCUGAAAGUGGGGGUUGCUGGUCGCAUCAACCAAUGGCUUAACAAAACUCCUGAAACAAACAAAUCACCUGCAUCUAAAGCUUCAGAUGUGAAGCCAGGGGAUGUAUCCAGCAAACGUAACCUAUGGGAAAAUAAAACAGAUUCUCCCAAUGAAAAGUCAGCCACUCCAUCUAAGAUUACAGCUGGAAGUAAGUUCAAAUCAGGUUCAGCAGAGAAUCAGCGUGGUUACUCUAAUGCAGGAAUGGCACACUAUGAAAACGAACCCUAAAGAGAUUUGGUCCACAAGUUAUUGAAAAGGGCUAGGCCAGCUUUUUAUAUUUAUGUAAUAUUUUAUUAACAAAUUGUUUCACAUUAUCCCAGUCAAAGCCAUGUAUAUUAGCACUGUAUUUAAAAUCCACAAUCACAUUUGACCUUUACCGGUAUUCUGCCUUUGCACACAUCAUUGCGAAACUUGGUUCAAAAAGUGAGAUGUGCUGCGAAAUCUGAGCAGUUAGAAUAUUGAUGAAUAAAACUACAAAUAAUUCUUUUUUUAUUACACAUAUACCUAUAAAGUAAAAUAUGGCAAAAAGAACAUUUGAUCUUGAAUUGAUUGAUGAAUUCAAUGUUAAAGACUUAACAAGAUUUUGAUAAGAUUUCUCCUUGAGACAAAAAAAAGUUGAGUUCUGCCUAUUAUGUCCUAUUUUUUACUUUUCUAUUAAAUGUAAUGUUUAAAUGGGUUUAAAAUUCGAUCUCCAAUAGUGGUACUGACUAUGGACUGGUUGAUUUUGCUCUGAAUGGUGGAACAUUGAGUAAUGGUUGACGCAUCACAGAUAACUUUCAUAAGUUCUAGCUUUGUAGUUUUGUGUAGAGAGCUUUUAACUGGCUUAAAGUGCUAGAUCAUGUAUUCCGUAAUAAACCAGAUAGUAGCCUAAGUCACAGCUUAUUUGAAACGUUCACAAUUUGUUUUUAUUAAAUAUAGAACCAUAAUAACUGGCCUUAGAUGUUCGAAGCAAGUUCUCGAGCAGAUAAACAAAAAAAGUCAAAGCUGCCUCAUUUUU